AUGACACCAAUCCUAGCUGUCGAGAGCGCCGUCAUCGCGAUUAGGGUUUCCAAGGGAAAAGAAACCCAGAAAGGAACGGCCGCAGACGCGCCGCACUCGAGCUUCGUCACCACGGCGGACAGCGUGCGGCUGCGGCACACGCAGCAGGGCCCGCCGUCCACGCCGGCGCUCGUCUUCAUCGCCGGGUGGGCGCAGACGGCGGCGCAGUUCCGCGAGCAGGCGGCGCGCCUCCGCGUCAACCACGUACGACCACCGCGGCCACAGCGACUCCGACAAGCCCGCGUUCGAGUACCGCGUCGCGCGCCGACGCCGCCGACCUCGACCUGCGCGACGCCGCCGCCCUCGUCGGCCGCUCACUCCAUGGGCGCCUCCACCCCCGCCAUGACCGCCGACCCGGCCUGGCCCCCCCCCGACCGCAGCGCCGUGUUCCCCGCCGGCCGACGCUUCGAGCUCGCCGCGCGCGAGGCGCUCUCCCGCCGCUUCUUGCCCAGCGCCGACCCUGCGGACCGAGCGUGGGCGCUCGCCCAGCAGGCCAAGACGCCGGCGCCGCUCGCGGCCGACUGGCGCCACGUGCUCCCGCGCAUCGAUGCCGUCGAGCGCGUGUCGCGCAGCAGAUCCCCGGCGCGCGGCUCGAGGGUCUUCGAGAAGCACGAGGGCGGCAGCCACUUCGUGUUCUGGGGGAACCCCGACAAGUUCAACCGCGUGCUGGAGGAGUUUCUGGAGAGCUGA